AUAAUUUACAAAACUUCCGCUAUGACGAAAAUUUGACAGGAUCAGUAUGACUGAGUUCAACGUCGUAGUAAAAGUAGGUAUUUCAUUUAUGAUAGUCAGGUACACAUUAGGACAUUCAAUAUCAAAUUAUGUAGGUGAGUUUAAUUAUCUGUUAGACGCAGGAUACAAUAUACAAUGUUAUACCUCAACGCGACGUAAGACUAAACCGAAAGUAGGAAAGCCCAGCGCUAUCGCGCAAAUACCUGUCAUUUCAUGUGACCAACCAUUUAUGGAAAAUUCUCAUAGAAGAUUUUUUUUUAAUUUUCAUUUAACCGUUCGUAAGAUCAAUGCACAUCGGAGAUAACGAACUGUCAACAGGAAUGACUCGGGAUUAUCAGCUGAUGGUUCAUGAAUCGACAUUUUUGCUUAUUCGAUGAUCAUUUCGUAUUAGAACCAGUUACGGUAUGGCUUCCAUAUCAGAUGACUGUCUGAGUUCCAGCGAUUUUGUCCAUGUCAGUGCAGACUUUUCUUCUCGUCUAGAGGAUGAUGUGUCAGUGGAACAAGACUUCACAAGACCUGCAGAUCAGGAAAAUCUGAGGCAGCCUUCUCUGAAGGAGGCUGAAGACAAUGUCAAAAGGUCGUUUAUAUCCCUUAACACUGAUAUGAAAGACAGUAUUGGAUUUGAUUCAGCCAAUGAUUGUAAUGGAACAAACAAUGAAUCUGACUGCUCUGUGACCAGUAGUCCAGAAAGUUUUUCCAUCAUUGAUCAAAGUCAGAUUACACACAACACUUCUUCAAAAUCACCAAUGGUGAACCCUCUUGUGUUCCGGGCUAUAGGUGACAUAGGUGUAAGGCUGGCAUCUCACUCUGGUAUGUCCUCCAGUAGUACAUUGAAAACAUCGUCUACUGAGCCAAUGGAGGGCUCCAGAGAAAGUGAUCUCUUUAGGAUGAGUACAACCGAGUCAAAUGACAGUAUCAUUGUUUUGGAUGAUGGAGAUUUGAAAAGUUCCGGAGAGCCCUCUGUUACAUCAGAAAUGUCAGAUAGCAGCCAAACACAUGUCAUGCAAGUUGAAUCCAACACAAAUGAAGACUUCUCCUUGGUAUCUGCUCAAAGUAUGACAUCGCCAGAUUCCCAAGUGAAUAAAGAAGCAGACUUUGAACAGUCUCUUCGUUUAGAAAGCUUUGAUGGAUUUGAAUCAUUGCUAAAUACCAAAGACAAAAUCGGGCAAGAAGAUUCAGAAAAUGAUAUGGAUCUGCAUUCACCAGGUAGUGAUGGGCAAUCUCUGUCAAGUCAAACAGAUGCUGUAAACAAAACUUCAGUUUCCCAUCCAAGUACCAACCAUGUGUCUCUUAUUAACACAGAUGAUUUGAAGAGUUUUGAGGUACCGAGAAAUUCUUUGGAAUGGUGGCCUGAAAAUGGUACUGGAAAUAAAAAAUCCAAGAGUGGACCAUCCACUCAGAGCUUUGGAUCAUAUCAAAUGUUGUCUGGAAAUCUGGGGACUUCUCUAGAAAUUGACUCUGACAGUUCUGUUACUACUGGUGUUAAUAGUCUCAGUAACUCAAUGCAGAAGUCACUCUCUGCAGAACCUGUCCAAAACAAUCACAGUUCAGAUGCAUAUCGGUCUUCACCAGUUCAGUGCACUUCCUUACAGAUGCAAUCCUUUUCUGUUUCAAAACCCAAUCAAUCAGUUUCUAUUCCUCACAGAGAUGGAGAUGGGAAUUCCAGUCUUCCAGAAGAAGAAACUAAAGCUACUUCUGUUGGACUUCAGUCAGAGCAACUCGCUGAAACACCAUCCACUAUACAGCAAAAUGUUGACAGGGAUUCCGACUUAUUUGGAACAAAGGAUGAAAUUAGUGGAGAACCAGCCCCAGACAAAUGGAGUUUUCAGCAGGAAGAGACUAAAUACAAAAGUACUCAGUUUGUCAUCAUGCAGGCGCUGAAAGACUAUGUUACCACACAUGGUCAUAUUGGUCACAGUGACAUAGAAAAUGUGUCAACUUUAAUAGCAGAUGUCCUGACAGAUCAAAAUUCUCAGAGAAAAGAAUUGAACGAAAGUCAUGAAAUGGAUGAUAUUGAACCAUGUGUGGAGGCUGACCCAAGUCCAGACAACCAGAUGGUUGUCACAGAACCAGCAGCCGAAGGAGUACCAGAAGACCAGAUGGUUGUCGCAGAGACAGCAGCCGAAGGAGGACCAGAAGACCAGAUGGUUGUCGCAGAGACAGCAGACAAAGGAAGACCAGAAGACCAGAUGGUUGUCACAGAGACAGCAGACAAAGGAAGACCAGAAGACUUCUCAUUGCUAUCAGUUAGUCAACCUACGAUGGAAGACAAAAUGGAUGAUGACUAUUUGGAUUUAGUGGGUAAUGCACAGGGAGAGGUGGCUGGUGAAUAUGUAGCAUCGAGUUCAGGACACUCCCAGGUCAUUCCAGUAUCUAGCGUCCAGCUUAGGCUUCUGUGUAUGAUGGAUGGGAAGUCUGUUCUGAAGAAAAAAUACGAUGUUACAAUGGAAAAAAAUGUGCAAGACAAGGCUGUUAUUUUAAAAGGAACAAUUGAGAACAUCAAUUUAGCCAUUAAAUCAAUCCAAGAUAAUGAAUGGCUAGCUGAAUACUGUAUGAAGGUCACAAAAUUACACCCAUUGCUGAUAAAUCUAUUGAAUCUUCCCACUGUAGAGACUUUCCUUGAUUUGGAGAAAUUUAGUAAGUUGGAAUUCAGUUUUUGUUGGCUGUCUGUGGUGGAGAGCAGCUGUUUGAUUCUGUAUGCUGAUACUGAGCAGAAUGCCCAGGCUGUGCUUAACACCAUAUCACAGACUGCUUUGUUAAAAACCACACCCAAACCCCAAAAUAUGCUGCUGUUGAAAGAGAAAAUGAAUAGUCUGAUGCAGAAAAAUGAUGGAAAAAUACUUUAUUGUGAAGAAGACGAUUCAGUUGUCAUUGCUUAUUGCAAUGAUGUAACAGAUGAAGUAAAUCAGUGUUUACAGUCCUUAGAAGUGAAGAUGAAAAGGAAAGAGACGGAAAAAUUUGUUCAGAUCGAAGGUGACAUAUUUGCAUAUAUCAAAAAGUGGAAGAUGCCAGACUUGGAGAGAAUGGCAAGCAGUCACUAUGUGGGUUUAUCAGAUGGACUGGGCACCACCUCAGGCUUCAUUGUCAUGGGAACACAAGAUAAUGUCCAAGCUGCUGUUGGCUUAAUAUUGGAUUUAGUGAGCCAGAUCUCGAGUCGUAGAAUAUCCAUCAAAUCGCCAGAGGCAGCAGAACUUUUUAAGAUGAAUGACUUUGCGCUUGUAGGGUCUCUGGAACGUUUCCAUCAUUGUUGCAUUAAAGUGGAACAUAUUGAAAUGUACCCAAGUAGUGGAGAAAGAGCAAUGGAUAUUUCUCAAGGAAAAUUGGAGGAUGUAGAAUUUCCAGUAUUCAAAGUUGAUGGACAAGUAGAAAUCCAUAUUUUCUGUGGCCAAGUCUCCCAAACAGACACAGAGAUGCUUGUAGAACCUGCUGAAAGGCUUGAGAACACACCAUAUGGAAAAUGCCGUUUUCUGUACAUAGAAAAACAGAAGAAGAAAGCAGCCAAGGUUAGUGUUCCCACAUGGAACACUGAAUCUGGAAAAGAGAAACAUGAGCUGAUAGACAUGCUUGUGGAAAUGUUUGAUGAUCUUAAGAAACACGGGUUUAAAUCUGUUGCCUUUCCUGUGAGGAACUUCAGAAACUGGCCCCAUGGAAAGCUGACUAAGGCCAUCAUUGUGGGACUGCAGACACACAUAAAAAAAUGCAGAAAUCCCUGUGAUCUCCAGAUGGUAACACUUCUUGACCCAGAGAGAGAUGUCUGUAAUCAGAUCUGCCAGGUGUGUAGGAAUGCCGUGGGAGACACAAUUACAGAGAUGUCUAUCCAACCACAGAGAAGACCUAAACAAGGACUAACCAUUGAGCUGGUCAGGGGAGAAAUAGCUAAACAAACGACUGAUGUCAUUGUAAACACCACAACCAAAACCCUACAACUGAAUUCAGGCAAGGUCUCCAAAUCCAUUUUUGAAAGAGCAGGAAGUGAAAUUCAGACCCAACUCAAUAACUAUCAUCCCCUUGGAAUAACUGUUGGAGAUAUAGCUGUUACACGAGGCUUCAAACUUGACUGUAAGUUUGUGUAUCACGGGGCACUGGAACCCUGGCCCCAGCUGCAUGCUGCAGAUUCUGAAAAGAGCCACUGUUUGGAGAUGCUGGAAAAUUUUGUGAAGCAAUGUUUGAGUCAAGCAGAUCAGAGGGGUGUCAACAGCAUCUCCUUUCCAGCGUUGGGAUGUGGGACACUAAACAUGCCCCCAGUGCAAGUGGUGCAGUCUAUGAUCAAAGUCUUCAGGCAGUUCGAGAAGGAAAAUCCCUCUUCUUCAGUGGAGGAAAUACACAUUGUGAUAUAUCCUGCUGAUGGGAAAAUCUUUAAGGAAUUUGAAAAAGAGCUGAAGAAGUAUGAACAAGAGAAAGUAAAGAUUCCUUCGAGAAAACAGACGCAUGUUACCCGACAAAUAAGUCUUCCUGCACCAAGAGUUUCGGUUUCAUCUCAGCCUAGCAGGAGGAAGUUCUCGUGUUGUGUUAACGGGAUCCAGCUAACAGCAGCAUCAGGUGAUGUCACCAAACAGGACAAAUAUGAUGGACUCGUCAGGCUCUUCACUAACGAUCCCUUCCUUGCUGAUAUGGGUGAUGAUCCAGUACUGAAAAGUAUUUCUCCCAGUACCACUUUAAAACUGAAAGAAACAACAGUUAUGUCAUUCAGUAAGAAUUUUGUGACGCCAGCAGGUGAUCUCCCCCAGAAGAAAAUUGUCCACGUACAUGCCAGUCCACAUCACCUGCAGCAAGAUAUACUCACUGCCCUUAGCACAGCAGAAAAUGAUGGGAGUUUCAAAUCUCUGGUCAUCCCUGUCAGGUCAAAUGAUCCUCUUUGUGAGGAUGGUCGGACGUUUAUGUCCUCAGUGUACCAAGCUGUGAGUAAAUUCACCAAACUGGGAAACUACAAAGGCCGAGUGCGGGAGGUCAAGCUAUGCGUUACUGACCCACAGAUCCUUAACACAGUCCUUGAGGAGCUUCAGUUACAGAGUUCACAGGGUGAAACAGAUGUGAAGAUUGCAGGACUUGAUGAGCACAGACUACUGGUUCUGCGAGUGACUUCAAUGAAUUCUAAGAUGGAUGAGUUAAUGUCGAAGAUAAGGAGCAUAGAGUCAACACCAAACAAAUAUGUUGAAAAAGCCAUGGAAGGGGAGUUGGAAAUACCCAAUGUGGCACAGGAUGUUUAUGAAGCCUUUCUGUUUUUUUACUAUAAAGAAUUGCAAACACAGUUAACAUCUUUAAAUAUGAGAUAUGAGGGUCGAGGGUCAAAAAUAAUUUUGGUCGGCCCAUUUGAAAAUCUUCGGGGAAGUGAGGCAUUUGUAAAACAAAUGUUGCAGGAAUUGACAGACAGGGUGCAUGUGGACACUAUUCCUUUACCAAACCUGGAAAAUUCAGUUCUGCAAUCCAUGGUGAGUGAAAUUCAACCUCUUUUCAAAGAAGCUCUCUUAUUUGUUCCAGUAGCAGAUCAUUUCAAUGGCAUUCAUGUCAUUGCUUUGUCAUCAGAGGAUGCCCAAAGAGUGAAGAGAUCAACCAUGGAAAAGAUUUCGCAUAAUCCAGAUACCUCCCCACGGAAAAUUACACUUUCUGCAUCCAGACAACACCCAGUUCUAGUUGAUUUCAGGAGUGACGUCCACACAUUCAUCACAGAACAAAAUAUCCAGGUGUUUGUUUAUAAAGAGAACAUUUUAGAACUACCUGUGUCCUGCAUUGUCAAUGCUGCCAAUGAAUAUCUGCAACAUGGGUCAGGGGUGGCGCUUGCCAUACUGCAAGCAGCAGGAAUAUCAUUUGACCAUGCUUGCAAGGAGCAUAUCAAGAGAAAUGGUCUAGUAAAAGUGGGGACAUGUGCUGAAACAGAGGCUGGUGACUUGCCUUAUGCCUAUGUCAUUAAUACUGUAGGGCCACGGUGGAACUCAGAAAAGGAGAGUUUGUGUAAAACACAGCUCCAUUCUGCUGUUGAAUCCAGCAUUGUGAAAGCUGCAGAAUUAGGAAUGAAUUCUGUAGGAAUUCCUGCUAUCAGUUCUGGUAUAUUUGGUAUGCCGGUUGACAUAUGUGCCUAUCAAUAUGCCUAUGCUGUGAUAUCUGCCAGUUCCAAAAUCGAAGGAUCUUCAUUGAAAGAAAUCCAUUUCAUUGAUGUCGACGAUGAAGCGGUAGUGGUCAUGAAGCAGAUUUUUUCCAGCAUCUUUAGUGGUAAUACUGACUCGGUUCCAAGACUGUCCCUUUCCAUCAAUUCUGCUUCACUUAAGCCUGUUGUUGAUCUAACUCCCACAGGCUCAUUGAAUAUCGAUGGGAGAGUUUCCCCGGAUUUUCCAAAGUCUUAUACCUACCAAAACGGAGGCGUGGUGUUUCAUGAAUAUCAUUUGACAAAUGACUUCUCAAUACAGGUAUACACAGGAAAUAUUGUGAAGUCUGCUACCAAUGUAAUAGUGUGUCCUGAAGACAAGGACCUGAAGCAUGAGGGGGAUGUCUCAAAAGCUGUUUUUGCCCUAGGAGGAAAGGAACUCCAAUUCAGUGUUGAGGAAUACAAGGAACACAACACCAGGCCUGGAGAUGUUUUUGUGGUGGAUGCAGGGAGAAAUUUUGAUGAAACUGUAUCCAUAUUUAUGGUGAUUUCUCCUGUGUAUGAAGAAACUGAUUCCGAGGAAGAAUGGCUGGAAAGUGUCAAUACUUGUCAUACCAAGGUUUUACAGAUGGCUAGCCAUUGGCAGGUCUACAACAUUGCUAUGCCUUUAAUGGGCACAAUUGAAAAUUCCACACAUGUAUCUAUUGUGUCAAGCUGUAUGGUGAAACAGAUAACUGACUUUGUUAACAAUAGACCUCCUGGUUGUCAGUUAAAUUCCAUCCAUAUUGUGAACAUACAGGAUGAAACAACUUUAGCCAUAACUCGCUCAUUAGAUGAUUAUGUAACUGAGGAAAGAACCAAGCUACAAAGUAUGAUGAGAAGAAUUGGGAACUGCAACAUUAGUGAAAAUGUGCAGGAGAUCCCUAUGGAUGUUGAAGAAUGUGAUACCACACAGCCUGAAUAUCAAAAUAUUCCAUACGGUUCAGAAUCUAACCAUGUGCCAUCGAAACAGGCACCUGCCACAGCAGCAGAUGACCAGCACUGUGUGAUUUGUUUGGAGAUGGUGGAUGAGGAUUAUAAGACUCUGCCUAAAUGCCAACAUCAAUUCUGCAAGCCCUGUAUAGAACGACAAUUUAAAUUCAAACCCGUCUGUCCCACGUGUGGAGAAGUUUACGGGAUUGUCUACGGAACCCAACCUCAGGGCACCAUGACAGUUCAGACCAUUGACCAAAGUAUUCCAGGGUUUCCCAAAUGCAGAACUCAUGUCAUAACAUAUGACUUUAAGGAAGGCAUUCAAGGGGAAGAACACCCAAAUCCAGGGGUGAGCUACAGAGGAGAAAGGAGAAUGGCUUAUUUACCGGACUGUCCAAAGGGUCAAUUAGCCCUCAAACUAUUAAAGAUAGCUUUUGACAGGCGACUAGUCUUUACCAUCGGUUUCUCUAGGACAACGGGGCGAGACAAUGUCAUCACAUGGAAUGAUAUUCACCACAAGACAAACAUGCGUGGUGGUCCAGAGAGAUUUGGUUACCCUGACCCGGAGUACUUGGACAGACUGUUGGAGGAACUAACCACAAAAGGUGUCUCUGAGAAAGACCUUAACCCUUAACUAAGUGUGAAAGACCUCAACUUCGUGAGAAAGACCUUAGCCCUUAACAAAGUGAGAACGACCUUAACUAAGUGUGGGUUGACUUUGAGGUUGGAUGAAUCUGUGAUUAUAAAAACUGAAUAUUAUGCUGAUGAGCUGUAAGGCUUAAUGCCAAUAAACAAUACAAUACAAUACAAUAAAAACUGUACAUAUCAAUUUUGUUUAGUGUAAGGUUUACCAAAUAGAAGAAAAUGCGUUUUUUAGACGAGACAAAUUUGUGAUGUUGAGAUUUGAUUAUACUUUUAUUGACAAGUGUGUGUUUGUACAUAUAGAGUGUAUAUUCUAUCAAUCUGUACAAUUUUUCAUAUAAUGUCAGAUUUGUUUUACAUUGCAUCAAAUGUCGUGAACUGUCAUAUGUACAUGUAUCACAAAUGGUUAAUUCUUAGUUGUACAUUGUUUGUAAAUCUAUGAUGAAAGAAAUAUUACUUCAGAAGGAAAGCAGUUAUCAUUUCUGCAUUGCCCUGCUUUGUGGAACUCAUGUUAAUUAGGCUCAAUUACAAACAACCUUUCAAAUUAUCAUUCAAUAAGGUAUGUCACCAUAUCGUUUAAAUUUAGGAUUAACAGCAUUAACAUUUACUUUAUUGGCAUUUUGGAAAAAAUAACAGAUACAGUGUAGUUUCUAGAUAUUGCAGUCCGGAGUGAGGACGACUACGCUAAUAAUCCUCUCAUGCCUAUCUCAUUGAGUGAGGAUUUAUGUGGUACGACUACGCUAAUAAUCCUCUCAUGCCUAUCUCAUUGAGUGAGGAUUUAUGUGGUACGACUACGCUAAUAAUCCUCUCAUGCCUAUCUCAUUGAGUGAGGAUUUAUGUGGUACGACUACGCUAAUAAUCCUCUCAUGUCUAUCUCAUUGAAUUCAGUUGACCAAAUCAAGCGCAGAGAAUGAACUCUUUUAUCAAAAAGCAAACAGUAAUUCAUUUUAUACAAAAUUCAAAGUGGUGAUUAAAAGAAAUCAUAUCUUGUAAAAAGCAAUUUCUUUGAGAGGCAGAAAAGCUUGAGAGAAAAAUACUAAUUCCUAUACCUGUAUUAUUAUAAAAUCUAAUGUAAAUUAACUACCUGGAUUUUUAAAACUCCUUAUCCCGCUUCAGACAAAUUUGUAGAUUGGAAAAAAGCUAAUCACAUGAUGCCCUGAAAUUUUUUAUAUUAGGUCUCCGCCUGGAGGGUGUAUUAAUUAGUUUGACGGCUUAAUGAAUUGCAUGACACCCGUAAAUUUUUAAUAUAUUGUCUCUGUUCAGAGAGUUUGUCAACUGUGAUGUCACUUGCGAAUCAUAUGAUGCCCCGAAAUUUCAAUGCACCAUCUCUGUAUAGCUUUCAAUGCAUGUCUGCAUUCAGUUUCAACAUACAUGAUUUUAUUUAUUUAAUCUUAUUGUUCAUAUUUUUAACUGUGGUGAUUUGAUAUAAAUUUGUGAUGGUAUGAUUUUCAAUGUGAUACAUGUAUAUGAAAUUAAUUUAAUGACUGAAUAAUAUUUAUCAAAUAUGUUGCUGAAAUUUUAACAAAUUUUUUAAAGGUCUUUAGCAGGAUAAAUUCAUUACAGUCAGUUUGGGACGUAAUACGGAGUCAUCCACCCUGAGGGUGUGAAAUGGAAAUCUGUAUUGGGACGGGGAUUUGCCUCACGGUAUUAUGUACUAAACUGACUUUGUAACUAAUAAUGUCUUUAUCAUUUUUUGCAACCUCCCGUUGGAAUUUACCUAUGCUACAUUCCAUGGCUAUACAUUGGGUAUAUGCUUGGGGGGGGGGGGGGGGGGGGGGGGGGUAGGGGUAGCAGUAACAUAUUUGAAUUUGCAAUUGUGAAAAGAGAUUUUGAAAUUUGUAUUUAAAGUCAUCAUCUUAAAAAAAACCCCAUGUUUUUUUCCUCCAUUAGAUAUUUUAACAAAGAAUGCCUAUUUUAUAUGCAUGUCUUUAAUCUUCUUUAGAAAACAUCACAUGAAGACUUGGACAAACUUACAUUCAUUAUGCCACUGAUUUAAGAUAUUUUCAUCGCAUUUCAUUGAUUGAAAAAUUUGGUUUGUGCAAAGCAUUGUGAUGUGUUCUGAAAGUAAAACAUUCCUGAAAAUAAGUAUUUUGAGUCAAUGAGAUUUUGUCUCUUUUGAUGUUGAGUGACAGUAAACAUUAAUUUUACGAUCUAGCUUCAGCUUAGCCAUGACAUCUCUCUUUAAAGCUUUGAGAAGUUUAAUUUUUUAGGGGUUCAAAAAAAAAGCUUUAAUCACACACAGUCCUUUGAUUGUAGUUAGAAGAAUUUCUUUCAUCUUUUAAUUAGUUUCAUAUUUCUGAUGUAGCCUUCUAUGAUAUACUUUUGCAGAUGAAGUAUAUUUUGUUAAAAUGUCGAGAAAAUUUCACGCAAGUUUCACCCUAGACGUGCACAGUUUACAUGUAUUCCCUGUGCUAGUGCACGUCCUAGGGUAGUACAAAAAUUAUCUGCACUUUGAAUUGUACCUAAUACUGUUAAUUGCAAUACAAGGUUAGACAAAAACAAAAGUGUGCAAUAAUAUGAGCCAUUCCUAUAGCAAAAAAAGACCCUUAUCCAACAAUGUUUUUCAAAAAACAUCAUAAUGAAAAAAUAUGACAUCAUUUUUUUGCAUACUUGGAAAGAAAUAAGUCAUGAUUACCAAUCACGAGUUGGUUGUCAUCUUUGAUUGACUAAUAUUUUAACGACAAUCUAUAUUGCUCUAAUAUUUUGAGGGAUUUUUCUCUAUAUGUCACACUUUAGCACUAAGAUACUUAAGGGCCCUUUUUUUGCUAGGAAUGGCUCAAAUGUUGACAGAUUGACCUACUAACUGUCAGAGUGAGUGCAGCUACAUGUACAUGUAUGUGAGCGGAUCCUGAAAUUUGCCAGCCCAAAGCACUGGCUUACUGCACGCACUAUAAAAAUUAACUCGGCUUUCUUCUUUUAUUUCCAUAUUGUACUACUGACAGUGAAAUUGUAACUAUCUCUAGAUUUAUAUAUUGACAUGCUGUAAUUCCUGAAUGCCAUCUUUUGGAAAUCUGUUGCUGAGACCCAUGUCACUAAAAGCUGGCUGCACCUCCUACAUCAAUGAACAAAAUUGUCUAUUUUCUCAAUGAAAGAUCCAUUUUGUGUGAAGUAAAUGUCAGUUACUUUAAUGUGUUAUGGAAUUCAUAAUUACAUGUUCUAUAGUUACUAGAUAAUUUAUAAGUUCCAUAGUUACUAGAUAUUUCCAUUAGUUAUUAGAUAUUUUGUUAUUCAGAUUAUGUUGAGUUUAAUGUUAUUUGGAUUUUGUUGUUUUGCUUACAGUAAACUGUUAAUUGUUUUAGCUUACCCGAGCUGAAAGCUCAAGUGAGCUAUUCUGUUCACUUUUUGUCCAGCGUCCGUCUGUCCAUCCAUAAACUUUUAACAUUUUUGAUGUCGUCUUUAGAACCACAAGGCUAUUGUCAACAUAACUUGCCACAAAGCAUGCUUUAGUAAAGAUGAUUCAAGUUUGUCCAAAUGAAUUAAAUGCAACACCUUUUUUAAAGUGGAAAUGAUUAAGAAUUAGUCAAAAUUUUGUGGCAUAUAUUUUAAAAAUCCUGUUCUCCAGAACCACAGGAUCAAACUUGGGAAUAUUUAGGGAAACGGCUUUAAAAAUCUUUUUAAGAAGAGCAUGGACUAUGAUUAGCCAUAUGAAUAUGCUAACAUCUUCAGGUAGUACAAAUUUAAGAAAAUAUAACUUACGCAAUAUCUCCUUUCAACUAUUUAAGUUUGGUUUUUCAUAUUUUGCAUAUAGAUUCCUUAUGACAAGAAAUUUCAUUUGAUGCCAUGAUCUUUGACCUUGUGAGCUUGACCUUGGCAUUUGACCCAAAUUGCAAAAUGUUCAGUUAGCUGGUAACUUUUUGAUAGUGAGUGAUAUGUCUUUCAUAUUUAAUGUAUGCAUUGACAAGACCUGUCCUUUGUUAAAAAAAAUUUUUUGCCCUGUAAUCUUGCCCUAGGAUUUUGACCUACUUUUAAGACAGGUUAACCUAUGCAAUAUCUCUUGAACUGUUUAAGGUAGUCUUUCAUAUUUUUUAUAUAGAUUCCUUAUGGCAAUACCAUGAUUUUUUACCUUGUAUCAUGGAUAUGUCUUGACCCUUUGGGUUAGGUUGGGGCCACAAUAUGGGGUAAAUUUUUGAUGGGAAUAAAGAUGGCAAUUUAUUUUUAAUAAUCACAACAGCUUAACAACGUUAACAGCAGGAGUCAGGUGAGCGGUUUGGCCCACAGACCUUUUAUUGUUAGUUUACAUGCCUGGUUUUUGUUUGUGUUUGAAAAAACCUAUAUGAAUUCUGAAUUAUUUAAAUAAAAUGUUGAUUUAAAA